CGGCCAGGGGAGACUCUGGCCCGGUGUCAAUUUCAGGCUGAGCUGGGGGUGUGUGAAAUUGACGAGAUUAGGGGCCGGGCUGGCGAGGGGGGGGACCUUUCCUGUACCGCCCCCCCCCCCGCCAGCCCCACAACUCCCAAUGCAUCCAAGCCUCCUGCUUGUGCAAAAGGGAAAGUGGUUUUUCCUCCUUCCCUCUGCGGUGCCUGCAGCGGCUUCCCGGCAGCUGCCCGCUCCAGGGGCCCUGCUCCUCCCCCCCCCCCCCCGGCCGGAGAUUGGGGGCCCGGCUGCCUGACCAGGAUGUACCCCCCAAGGGGGAGGCUUUCCUGUGACUUGGGGGAGGGGAGUUGAUUUGCUCCGUUUCCCUCCCCCCUCUGCCCUGCGAGGACUCCGGGAGUAGCCUUCCCAGCACGCCAGAGUGAGUCUACACGGGCUGCUUGCAAAAUCGCCUCAAUCCGGACUGGCUGGGGGUCAGAAAGGGGACCAACCAGAAGAGUUCCUGUUCCCCCGGAGCUGGAGGUUUGUUCCAGCCUCGGGGUUUCCUGGAGGAAGUUGGAGCAGGGAGUGAAUUUGGCGCAGCCUUAAAAUAUGAUCCCGCGGGAGGGACCCCGGUGACCAGGAGGACUCAGCAGGGAGCGGGGGGAGGAGAAUCCGGCCUGGGCAGCGCGAUGGUCCCGCUGUGCUGGCCCUGCCUGCACUGCUGCCCGUACCCCCCGGCGGCCAUGAGCGGGCCCCCCGCCCCCUCCUACCACUACCGCAGCUUCUGCGGGGACUUCGAGCGGGUGGAGACGGCGCUGGAGCGGCUGGAGGCCAGCGGCUUCUACUGGGGCAGCCUGUCGGGGGCGGAGGCCAAGCGGCUGCUGAGCCCCCACCCGCCGGGGGCUUUCCUCGUCCGCGACUCCUCCGACCACCGGCACCUCUUCACCCUCAGCCUCCGCACCGGGGCCGGCAUCACCAACCUGCGCAUCCAGCAGCAGGGGGCCGCCUUCCACCUGGAGACCCAGCCGGGGGCCCCCUGCCCGCCCGCCUUCGCCUGCGUGGUGCAGCUGGUGGAGCACUACCUGGGGCGGGCCGGGCACCCGGGGGGACCCUGCUACCUGGAGGCCCAGGGGAGCCGCCCCGAGCCCCUGGCGCUCGCCCGCCCGCUGCGCUGCAAGGUGGCCUCGCUGCAGGAGCUGUGCCGGCGGGCCGUGCGGGCCAGCGUCCGGGCGGGGACCGAGGGGCCCGAUCUGGAGGGGCUGCCCGUGCCCCGGGCCCUACGCAACUCCCUGCGCUGCUAGGGGGCCCUGCCCCAGGCCCUACAGAACUGUCUGCGCAGAGGGAGGGGAGAGGAGCAAGGGGGGGGGCCCACCUCCGCUCAGGAUCCCCCCAAUGCUCGUGGGAGGCAGUGGGGUGUAGAGGGAGCCCCCCCGGUAACUUAGGCCUUCUCAGCACACCUGGGGGAGGGGAGGAAACGGCAGAGUGGGACCCCCUUUAGGACACCCCAGGGUUUUCCCACACAGUGGGAGGAAGAUCGGGGAAGGGGUCUUUACCCCCUGCCCUAUGGAAAACCCAGCACCGCAGGGCGGGGAGAGACGGGGGAGGGGAGCAGAUUGGCCCCAGCCCCAUGGCAGCUCCAGAGUGUGGGGGAGAUGGGACUGGAGGGGGCUCUUCAGGCCAGGGUAAGAACCGGGAGGGAGACACAGGAAUUGGUUGGGGCUGGAAGCCAGGACUCCUGGGUUCCCUCUCCAGCUCUGGGGAGUGGGAUUUAGUGAGGGGGUUGAAAGCCAGGACUCCUGGGUUCUCUCCGCAGCUCUGGGAAGGGCAUUGGGUCUAGAUCCCAACUAUUCCCAGGGGAGCCAGAUUGGACCGCGGCCGCUUGCCGGGGCUCCCACCUCAUCCCCUGGAGGGCGCCACACCAACCGCAUGGACCUCGUCUCCCGCCAGAAGCACUCGUGGCCAUUACCAGCAGCCGGGCUGCAUGUGGCGGGGGGGUGGGUCUUGUACCGCUGCAUCGGGAUGGAAUAAACCUGUCUACUGCAUCCUGCCUCCCACCACUGCUUUGGGGGGUGCCUGGGACCUGGGGCCCCUCAAAGCACCCACAAAUCAGAGCCAGCACCCCCUGAAGGGAAAAGCCCCAUCUCCCCUGAGCCAGGCAAGACCCAGGCCUGGUCCCCCAUUCCCUGCCAGCUGGCGGCGGUUGAGGGAUCCUCCUGUCAACAACUUCCCCGUCCCACCCCAGAAGCUGCUGCAUCUAGCCGUGACCCCAGCCUGACCCCCUUCCGCGCCCAGCCGUUCCCGUAAGGCUCUUGGCACCACGAACGCUGACUCGGGGGAGCAAAGUUACUGAAAACAGCCUCAGCGGUUCAGAAAAAACCCAGCUGCUUCCGCCGCUCCGGCUUUCGCUUCCCCCAGCGGCCGGGUUCAGGGGCACCCGCCGCACUUUGCCAUCACAGCCCCAGGCUGCUCCCCCACCCCUGGCACCCAGCUCAGCCCCAGCCUUUUACCCUCAUUUCCCAGCAGGGGCCGGCCCUGGACCCGCCUCUCUCGUGGGUGGGGCUCCCCCAGCUGAUCCAGCACCAGGGGUCACAGUGCCAGGGGCUGUGGGCAGGUCUCUGCCCCCAUCCCCUCACAAA